UGGUAGAGCGGAGGACUGUAGCUGACUCCCCAGCAGGAGACAUCCUUAGGUCGCUGGUUCGAUUCCGGCUCGAAGGAGACGGCUGUGUCAUUUUUCCACGGCGUCCCCGCCUUCAAGGGUCCCUCCUACAACUUACACCCCAGCGACCAGCGGGCGCCUCUGGCACUUUCGCUGCGGAAACACUUUUAGAAGCCGUUCGGAGCACCCUUCCCCUGGCAGAACUCAGACGGCCAGGAGAUGAGCGCAUCUCUGAAUUACAAGUCUUUUUCCAAAGAGCAGCAGACCAUGGAUAACCUGGAGAAGCAACUUAUCUGCCCCAUCUGCUUGGAGAUGUUCACCAAGCCCGUGGUCAUCCUCCCCUGCCAGCAUAACCUGUGUAGGAAAUGUGCCAGUGAUAUUUUCCAGGCCUCCAACCCGUACUUGCCCACAAGAGGAGGCACAACUGUGGCGUCUGGGGGCCGAUUCCGAUGCCCAUCCUGUAGGCACGAAGUAGUUUUGGACAGACAUGGAGUCUAUGGGCUUCAGAGGAACCUGCUGGUGGAAAACAUCAUUGACAUCUACAAGCAGGAGUCUACCAGGCCAGAAAAGAAGUCUGACCAGCCCAUGUGCGAGGAGCACGAAGAGGAGCGCAUCAACAUCUACUGUCUCAACUGCGAAGUGCCCACCUGCUCCCUGUGUAAGGUGUUCGGCGCACACAAGGAUUGUCAGGUGGCUCCGCUCACGCACGUGUUCCAGAGGCAGAAGUCUGAGCUCAGUGAUGGCAUCGCCGUCCUUGUGGGAAGCAAUGAUCGGGUUCAGGGAGUGAUCAGCCAGCUGGAGGACACCUGUAAAACCAUUGAGGAAUGUUGCCGAAAACAGAAGCAGGAGCUUUGUGAGAAGUUUGACUACCUGUAUGGCAUCUUGGAGGAGAGGAAGAAUGAAAUGACCCAAGUCAUUACCCGGACCCAAGAGGAGAAACUGGAACACGUCCGUUCUCUGAUCAAAAAGUAUUCCGAUCACUUGGAGAAUGUAUCAAAGUUGGUUGAAUCAGGCAUCCAGUUCAUGGAUGAGCCCGAAAUGGCAGUGUUUUUGCAGAAUGCCAAAACUCUGUUACAAAAAAUUUCUGAAGCAUCAAAGGCAUUUCAGAUGGAGAAAAUAGAACAUGGUUAUGAGAACAUGAACCACUUCACAGUCAACCUCAAUAGAGAAGAAAAAGUAAUACGUGAAAUUGAUUUUUACAGAGAAGAUGAAGAUGAAGAAGAAGAAGGAGAAGGAGAAAUAGAAGAGGGAGAAGAAGGAGGAGAGGAAGUAUUAGAAGUGGAAGAGGUGGGAAAUAUUCAAACAGAGUCAUCUGGAGAAGAUGAAAGUCCAGGAAAAGGCAUGGUGUCCCUUCAGUCUGUCUCAGAGGUCCGGGCUACCCCAGAAGCAGCACUUCCAGUCUCCUCUCCAGAACCACCUGCGGCCCUGCUCCCUGCUGUGGAUGCCCCAGCAACACAGGGGGAGGUGGUGCCCACUGGCUCCCAGCAGACCACAGAGUCUGAAACACCACUCCCUGCAGCAGCAGCAACUGCGGAUCCCUUGUUGUACCCUAGUUGGUAUAAAGGCCAAACCCGGAAAGCCGUCACCAAUCCACCUUGCACCCAAGGGAGCGAAGGUCUGGGACAAAUAGGGGCUCCGGGUUCUGAGGAUUCGAAUGUGCAGAAGGCAGAAGUGGCAGGAGCUGCAGCCAUUGAGAGGGCAGCAGCGAGUGGUAAGGAAACUAGUUCACCUGCAGCUACUUCUCAGAUUGGAUUUGAGGCCCCUCCCCUCCAGAGCCAGGCUGCAGCUCCAGGGAGCACGCAUGGAGCUGAUUCAGAGCCAGCUCGCCAUGUCUUCUCCUUUUCAUGGUUGAACUCCCUGAAUGAAUGAUGUUCAUUCCAACUGCUGCCCCUCCGUCUGCCUGGCUGAGAUACACAUAGGCAGCAGGUGACUUAGAUGAAAUUAACAUGAUGCAGACGAUGAAUGGGACCUGUAAGUGGGAUUUCUGCAAAGGAAACAAGCAAAAACUGUUAUCCCAGAUGACUUACCUAACACAUUGAGGGAAAAGAACACUCUGAGAAAAUAGCUGCAGUAAACAUUGGAGAAAAGAAACUCGACCUUCUGGAAAUCUUUUACUGUGUGGGAAACAUUGUGAAGGGUGUGUUAGGUGUGGUACCUGUGUUUGUGUCAGUAACAAGUGGCAAAUGUUGAAAAAAGUAGGCACUACACUCUCAUCUCUAAUAGGCACUAGCUGUUUGGUAUUCUAUCAUAGUAGUUCUUAUUUCUUUUUUUCCUCAACAAUGCAGGUGGGCAGUGAAAUUCAUUGCCAAUUUAGUAGUGACUGAUUUAUCAAUAUAUGGGUAAAAGGUAAAUCAUUGACCAAAGCUAUGAAAUAUUUCACAAAGUUGUCCUCAUUUCCAUAGUAGACAUCACUGGGCAUAUAUCCAGAAAUGUCCUUUAAAUCUGGGGGUGCUUCAGAAGGCUGAAGCCUUGUGACAUUUUUCUAAUCUUAUUUGUAGAUUGCCAUAUAUCUCUAUUCACAUAUCAUACAGAUGCAUGAAAAGAACUUCUAGCAGGAGCUCUCUACUUUUUCAUAUAUCCACUGUGGCACCAAUCUGGUAAACUAUAGAACAACUGCAUGUAUUUAAACACAUAGGCACAUGAGACACAAUUAAAUAUAUAUGCAAUUUAUAUUUAAAUCAUGCUUUAUUUGUUGCACCGUAAUGCCUCCUUCAGUAUACAAAUGUAAUGACUCUGUACGAACUCUUAAAUAAAUGCUGUUUUUAAAAAUUUAGUCAUAAUGAUUCAUGCAGUGUUGCCUAUUGUCACAUUAGUCUAUUAGUCAAGUGUACUUCAAAGGCCUCAGGGGAAGAAGUGUAUUCAUACAUACAAGUUAAUUUCGAAGUAUUAGACAUUCUGUUGCAUUUUUCAAGUUAAAACUAAACUACCAAGGCCAAAUGCAUUGUAAAACUAAUUAGGUGUGCUACUUAGAAGUGAGUAAAGAUAAUCCAUAUUCCUAAGAAUCAAAGCAAUUAAGGUUGGCACAGAUAUAAACGUGCAAAUUAAUUCCUGCAGUU